AUGGGUUGUGUGUUUGUGAAGCAAGGGGUGUCUGUGACACCUGCCGUUGACCACUCUGUUGACUCGGAGAGGAAUAAUAGUAGUAUUAUUAACAAGAACAAGAAGAAGAAGAAAGAUAGUGCUGAGUCAGUUGGAUUGAGUUGGAGCGAGGUGGGUGAGUCAGGGAGAACGAGUUUGAAUGGUGGAAAUGAGUCUCUGAGUUUCAGGUUAGGGAAUCUUAGUAAGUAUGUGGAGGGAGAACAAGCCGCCGCCGGAUGGCCGGCUUGGCUUAGCGCGGUUGCGUCUGAGGCAAUUCAUGGUUGGGUUCCUCUCCGUUCUGAUGCAUUUGAAAAGCUGGACAAGAUUGGGCAGGGGACGUAUAGUAGUGUUUUUCGAGCGAAGGAGAUUGAGACAGGGAAGAUAGUGGCUUUAAAGAAGGUGAGAUUCGACAAUUUUGAGCCAGAAAGUGUGAGGUUCAUGGCAAGAGAAAUUAUGAUUCUUAGAAGACUUGAUCAUCCCAACAUCAUUAAACUGGAGGGGUUGAUUACUUCAAGGUUGUCUUGUAGCAUCUACCUUGUAUUUGAGUACAUGGAACAUGAUGUCACAGGGCUCUUGUCGAAACCAGAAAUCAACUUUACUGAAUCACAGAUCAAAUGCUACAUGAAGCAGUUGUUAUCUGGUCUCGAGCACUGUCACUCGAGGGGUGUAAUGCAUCGGGACAUCAAAGGAUCGAAUCUUCUGGUGAAUAAUGAAGGGAUAUUAAAGGUAGCGGAUUUUGGAUUGGCAAAUUUCUGUAGUUCCGGGAGUAAACAUCCGCUCACAAGCCGCGUUGUCACAUUAUGGUACCGUCCUCCGGAGCUUUUGCUUGGUUCAACAGAUUACGGUCCGUCUGUGGAUAUUUGGAGUGUUGGUUGUGUAUUUGGAGAGUUUCUAGUUGGGAAGCCUAUACUUAAGGGGAGAACAGAGGUUGAACAAUUGCACAAAAUCUUCAAGCUUUGUGGCUCUCCGCCGGAUGAAUACUGGAAAAAGACCAAACUACCUCACGCGACUUUGUUCAAGCCACAGCAACCCUAUGAUAGUUGCUUAAGAGAAACAUUUAGAGAUUUUCCUGCAACCAGUGUAAAUUUGUUACAAAAUCUUCUUUCUAUAGAACCAAACAGACGCGGAACCGCCUCAUCUGCUCUCUCAUUGGAGUAUUUCAAAACAAAACCUUAUGCCUGUGACCCAUCGAGCUUACCGGUAUAUCCACCUAGCAAAGAGAUUGAUGCAAAACACGACGAGGAGACAAAACGGAAAAAGAUUGCUGGGCGAGUUUGUGGACCUGAAAAAAGACGAUCAUCGAGAAAGCCAGUAGGACUGAGUAAAUUACCUCUACCAGAGGACUUGACUAGGCAAAUUCAAACUUCACAAAAGACAGAUGAUAGAUCCAUUCACAUCCUUAAAGAAGAGAACACUAACAUAGGCGACGAGGCAUCAAAGCGAUCCGGUGGUAAACCAGAAGAUGCUUCCGAUAUGAAGAAUGCAUCUCAAGUUGAUAUUCCCUUUCAUGGACCAUUACAAGUUUCAAAAUCAAGUGGAUUUGCAUGGGCAAAAAGGCGUAAAGACGACACCACUUCAAUUAGAUCCCACACUCGAUCUAUUUCUAAAGGACAUAUAUUUAAUUCAUUAGAAACUUCUACACAAAAUUCAAGGAAUAUUUGUGAUGACAAUGAAAAUAAGGAAGUUUUUGGAGGACGAACCAGCUCCAGAGGCCAUGAUGUAUUUGAAAUUUCUAAGCUAGUGGUGCAAAAUCAAUGGAGUAAGUUUGAUCGCCCGGAUUCAUUUGAUACUUGUGAAGAGUACCACUCCCAAGAACUGUCGAUGAUGGUUUAUCAUAGAGAAGAUUCACUGUCCAAGAGAAGUAAUCGGAGUUAUCAGGAUCAAGGAGAGAAGGUUGAAUUUUCAGGGCCACUAAUAUCUCAAAUGCAUACAGUUGAUGAGCUCUUAGAAAGACACGAGCGCCACAUUCGGCAUACAGUCCGAAGAUCAUGGUUCCAAAGAGGUAAGAAGCUUGGGAAUUAA